UUCUUUCUGAGUGACACGCCACCCACGCCUCCCUGCACUGCUCUCCUCCUUCCCUGGUUCCCGGGGGGACUCGGAGGAGCUCGGGAGGGAGCCCAAGGAUACCCUCUCCUGCACCCCGAGGGCAGAAGCUUCCGAGACCCUCGCUCACCCCCAAAUCCACAGCGAGGCGCGCUGCCGCCCCCCGCGCGCGCUGCAGAGGGGGAGCCAGCCCUGCGCUGCGCUCCAGCUGCGUCUGCCCGAGCGCGGCACGUGCUCCCGGCGCUGGCGCGAGAGAGCGAGCGAGCGAGCGAGGAGCGAGCGCCGCCACCGCGGGCCCCGCAGCCUUCCGCCGGCUGUCACCGCUGCCUCCAUCGCUGACACUAGCGCUCUCGCGGCUGCCAAGGCCGCUACAGGAGCGCAGGAAGCUCGCGAGCGGCGGCUGGCUGGGGGCGCAAGGCUCUGGGCGCGCACCUGGUUUUGAAGAUCAUGAUCGCAUGGAUGCAUCUAACCAAAUUCGACCUGGGCACAAUGGAGAUUCUUUAGAGAACAUAUCUAAAUUUCUGGCUAAUUCCUUUGUGUGCCACUCAACAUAGGACAUCAUUUGAUGUUAUCUACCUGCACUAUCCUAAAUUUUUCUCAUAAUGUUAUCUUUAUUAGCUUGAACUGCUUUCUUAAAAUGGUCCUUCUGUUGAUUCUAUCAGUCCUGCUUUUGAAAGAAGAUGUCCGUGGGAGUGCACAGUCCAGUGAAAGGAGGGUGGUGGCUCACAUGCCAGGUGACAUCAUUAUCGGAGCUCUCUUUUCUGUCCACCACCAGCCUACUGUGGACAAAGUUCAUGAGAGGAAAUGUGGGGCGGUCCGGGAACAGUAUGGCAUUCAGCGAGUGGAGGCCAUGCUGCACACCCUGGAAAGGAUCAACUCAGACCCCACACUCUUGCCCAACAUCACCCUUGGCUGUGAGAUUCGGGAUUCCUGCUGGCAUUCAGCUGUGGCCCUAGAGCAAAGCAUUGAGUUCAUAAGGGAUUCCCUCAUUUCUGCAGAAGAAGAAGAGGGCUUGGUCCGCUGUGUAGAUGGCUCUUCCUCUUUCCGCUCCAAGAAGCCCAUAGUAGGGGUCAUUGGGCCUGGCUCCAGUUCUGUGGCCAUUCAAGUCCAGAACUUGCUCCAGCUGUUCAACAUACCUCAGAUUGCUUACUCGGCAACCAGCAUGGAUCUGAGUGACAAGACGCUGUUUAAAUAUUUCAUGAGGGUCGUGCCUUCAGAUGCCCAGCAGGCAAGGGCUAUGGUAGACAUAGUCAAGAGAUACAACUGGACUUACGUGUCAGCUGUACACACGGAAGGCAACUACGGGGAAAGUGGGAUGGAAGCUUUCAAAGAUAUGUCUGCCAAGGAAGGAAUCUGCAUCGCCCACUCUUACAAAAUCUACAGCAAUGCAGGGGAGCAGAGCUUUGACAAGCUCCUGAAAAAGCUUACAAGUCACUUGCCCAAGGCUCGAGUGGUGGCCUGCUUCUGCGAGGGCAUGACAGUGAGAGGUCUGCUGAUGGCUAUGAGACGCCUGGGUCUCGCAGGAGAAUUUCUGCUUCUGGGCAGCGAUGGCUGGGCUGAUAGGUAUGAUGUGACAGAUGGAUAUCAGCGAGAAGCUGUUGGUGGAAUCACAAUCAAGCUCCAGUCUCCUGAUGUCAAGUGGUUUGAUGAUUAUUAUCUGAAGCUCCGGCCAGAAACAAACCUUCGAAACCCUUGGUUUCAAGAAUUUUGGCAGCAUCGCUUUCAGUGUCGGCUGGAAGGGUUUGCACAGGAGAACAGCAAAUACAACAAGACUUGCAAUAGCUCUCUGACUCUAAGAACACAUCAUGUUCAGGAUUCCAAAAUGGGAUUCGUGAUCAAUGCGAUCUAUUCCAUGGCCUAUGGGCUGCACAACAUGCAGAUGUCCCUCUGUCCAGGAUACGCAGGACUCUGUGAUGCAAUGAAGCCAAUUGAUGGACGGAAACUCUUGGACUCACUUAUGAAAACCAAUUUCACUGGGGUUUCUGGAGAUAUGAUCCUAUUUGAUGAGAAUGGAGACUCUCCAGGAAGGUAUGAAAUAAUGAAUUUCAAGGAAAUGAGAAAAGAUUAUUUUGAUUAUAUCAACGUCGGAAGUUGGGACAAUGGAGAAUUAAAAAUGGAUGAUGAUGAAGUAUGGUCCAAGAAAAAUAAUAUAAUCAGAUCUGUUUGCAGUGAGCCAUGUGAAAAAGGCCAGAUAAAGGUGAUUCGGAAGGGAGAAGUUAGCUGUUGUUGGACCUGCACGCCCUGUAAGGAGAAUGAGUAUGUCUUUGAUGAGUACACCUGCAAGGCAUGCCAGCUGGGGUCCUGGCCAACUGAUGAUCUGACAGGUUGUGAUUUGAUCCCAGUACAGUAUCUUCGCUGGGGUGACCCUGAGCCCAUUGCAGCUGUGGUGUUUGCCUGCCUUGGCCUGCUGGCCACCCUCUUUGUCACUGUAGUCUUCAUCAUUUACCGUGAUACUCCAGUAGUCAAGUCUUCCAGCAGGGAACUCUGCUACAUUAUCCUUGCUGGCAUCUGCCUGGGUUACUUAUGUACCUUCUGCCUCAUCGCAAAGCCCAAACAGAUUUAUUGCUAUCUUCAGAGAAUUGGUAUUGGCCUCUCUCCAGCCAUGAGCUACUCAGCCCUGGUAACCAAGACCAACCGUAUUGCAAGAAUCCUGGCUGGAAGCAAAAAGAAGAUUUGUACCAAAAAGCCCAGAUUUAUGAGUGCUUGUGCUCAGUUAGUGAUUGCCUUCAUUCUCAUAUGUAUCCAGUUGGGCAUUAUUGUCGCUCUUUUUAUAAUGGAGCCUCCUGAUAUAAUGCAUGACUACCCAAGCAUUCGAGAAGUCUACUUGAUUUGUAACACCACCAAUCUAGGAGUUGUCACUCCUCUGGGAUACAAUGGAUUGUUGAUUUUGAGCUGUACCUUCUAUGCGUUCAAGACCAGAAAUGUUCCAGCUAACUUCAAUGAAGCCAAGUAUAUUGCCUUCACAAUGUAUACCACCUGCAUUAUAUGGCUGGCCUUUGUCCCAAUCUACUUUGGAAGCAACUACAAAAUCAUCACCAUGUGUUUCUCAGUCAGCCUCAGUGCCACAGUGGCUCUAGGCUGCAUGUUUGUGCCGAAGGUGUACAUCAUCCUGGCCAAACCCGAAAGAAAUGUGCGCAGCGCCUUCACCACUUCUACUGUGGUGCGCAUGCAUGUAGGGGAUGGCAAGUCUUCUUCUGCAGCCAGCAGAUCGAGCAGCCUGGUCAACCUGUGGAAGAGGAGGGGCUCCUCUGGGGAAACUCUAAGGUACAAAGACAGGAGACUGGCCCAGCACAAGUCGGAAAUAGAGUGUUUCACCCCCAAAGGGAGUAUGGGGAAUGGUGGGAGAGCAACAAUGAGCAGCUCCAAUGGAAAAUCCGUCACCUGGGCUCAGAACGAGAAGAGCAGCCGGGGGCAGCACCUGUGGCAGCGGUUGUCGGUCCACAUCAACAAGAAGGAGAACCUCAACCAGACGGCGGUCAUCAAGCCCUUCCCUAAGAGCACGGAGAGCCGCGGGCUGGGCGCCGGCGCGGGCGGCGUGGCCCCAGGGGCGACAGGGCCGACAGGGGGCGCAGGGGCCGCAAGCUGCGCAGGCGCGGGUCCCGGCGGCCCCGAGCCCCCCGACGCCGGCGCCAAGGCCCUGUACGACGUGGCGGAAGGCGAGGAGCCCUUCGCGGCGGCGUCUGUGCGGCCGCGCUCGCCGUCGCCCAUCAGCACGCUGAGCCAGCGCGCGGGCUCGGGCGGCCGCACGGACGACGACGUACCGUCGCUGCACUCGGAGCCCGCGGCGCGCAGCAGCUCCUCGCAGGGCUCGCUCAUGGAGCAGAUCAGCAGCGUGGUGACUCGCUUCACGGCCAACAUCAGCGAGCUCAACUCCAUGAUGCUGUCCACGGCGGCCCCGGGCCCCGGCGUGGGCGCCCCGCUCUGCUCGACGUACCUGAUCCCCAAAGAGAUCCAGCUGCCCACGACCAUGACGACGUUCGCCGAAAUCCAGCCUCUGCCGGCCAUCGAGGUCACGGGCGGCGCGCAGGCCGCGGCCGGGGCCCCGUCGGCAGGGGGCGCUGCCCAAGAGACGCCCGCGGCCGGCGCGGAGGCCGCAGCCGGCAAGCCGGACCUGGAGGAGCUGGUGGCCCUCACUCCGCCGUCCCCCUUCAGAGACUCGGUGGACUCGGGCAGCACAACCCCCACCUCGCCAGUGUCCGAGUCGGCCCUCUGUAUCCCGUCGUCUCCUAAAUAUGACACUCUCAUCAUAAGAGAUUACACUCAGAGCUCCUCGUCCUUGUGAAAGUCCCUGGAAUCCACGCUGGGGCCCGCGUGCUCACACGGACGCCCUUGGCGACACCAGUCACCCAGCUGGCGGGCUGAGCAGAAGACGCCAAGUACACGGGGCACGGAAAGGAGAUGAACAGUGCACUCUCAACCGACGAAGACACCGACUACAGUUCUUCUGGCAGAUUUUCUUCUAGUGGCCUUAGAAAACAUGGGCUUUUAAGAAACACUGCUUAUAUUUUUGAGGGCUGACAAAAGAGUCUGUUCACUUUUGUACCGAGUGCUUUGCUCUAGGAAAGCGGAAAGUGUGAAACAGCGUCAUGGUGAAAACAGAGUUAUUAACAACUGUAAAAAGUUUUGUUUACUUGCAUUCUUUUCCCAGAAGAGUCUGAUUCACAAAACAUGAAUGUACGUUUUCUAACAAACUGACAAUCUGGGACCAAAUCAUCAACUUUUCUCUUUUUUCUAUUUUAUUUUAUUUUUUCCUUCAAAGACCUUGGGAAGCAGUAACCUGGGGCCCAGUAUUGACUGAGGCAUAGCUGUGGGUGUUACCAUGCUAACGCGUGACUUGACCGUGAAUGCCGAGCUCAUGUACCUAGGGCUUCUACCAGAGACUUUACAGUUUGGUUGUGAAAUAUUCUUCCAAAAGCCUGCAUCCAGGAUUCCACCUAGUUAUUUCAGAUUCACCUCCAUUAACCAGGAAAACCAGUGGAAGAUUUCUUGACUAUUUCACCAUGUUGCCAAAUCAAUAAUGGAGUAGCAAAAAAUAUUUUCUGGAAUACUGUUUUGUAAUUCCCUCACUGGGGUGCGCUGUGUAGCUGGAAAUUCUCUUUCUAGUAAUUUUUGCGCUCCAGCCUGGCUAUCUCAUAAUACACAUGCACUCCUUAUAAAUGCCGAUCCUUUAGUGUUGCAGACAAAACAUUGAAAUAUACAUUUGGGCUUCUUCAUUCUUUUCUUUUGAGAAUCUGAUGCACUAAGAGCUCCUCUGUUACUCUGAGUCCCAUCACUGGAAGAGUGGUUCAUAGACCCAAUGAAGACAUUGGAGAGACUGUUGUUGAAAAAAUUAACACAGUCUUUAUACACUGGAAAUUCAAACUGUGUCAAGUUGGCAUAGCAGAGAUUUUGCUGUGCCAACGACCAGUGAUUUUUAACUUUUCUUGGCUGCUGAAAUAAGGCAGCUAUGAACUAUGACAAAUGUAGAUUUUUUCAAAGCAAUACAGAAUACUAAAACAGAGGAACCUUAAUAUCAAGUACAGUCUUUCUUAGCCAUUCCAAAAAGAGGCAAAGCAAUUAUUAAUAUUUUCUUUUUUUAAAGUAAUUACUAAUAUUAUGUUGUGCACUUCAUACUGUCACUUUUUAAAUACUGCAGAAAAGAGAUUUAGAGUUGACAAAAAAAAAAAAUAUGUGCUUUGAUACAUACAGGUAGAAAUCAUAGCUCAAGACCUGAAUCCACUGUCACCUCUUUAUUCGCCCCCUUGCAGCUAUCCUCAGGUACCAAGUAUUUUUGAUUUUUAAAUAAAGCUAGUAAUAAAAAGGAGGUGUCCUAUAAAUUUAAAGUUCAGUUGACCCGCCUUAUACUAAAGAUAGCCUUAUUAAAAAGAUUUGCUGUGAAGCAAAAGUAUAUUUUUUGGCAGAGAGAUAAAUAGAAUUUUUUUCUUUUAGUUCAUGAUUCUUAUUUUAAUACUUUUUAUUUCACAUCUUUUUUUUAAAAAAUUGAGAAGUGGAAAUUUGUUGGUACAGUUUAUCAUUCUUCACUUUUUAAAGGAAUAAAUAUAUUGCUUGCUGAAAUUCUGAUUCUUAUAUCUAUCUUAGUUGAUAUUUUAAAUCAUCUUUCCCAAUGUAAAAUAUUAAAAACAUUUAUUAAAAUAUUUUAUUUAAAUAUUAAUUUAAAAGUAAUUUAAGUUUCUGUGCCAAAGUUGAAAAUAACAUCAUCAGCACAUCCUUUCCCCAAAUAUUAAUGCAUUUUUAUGAGAUUCUUGAAUCAAAUAAAAUCUAGCUGACUUUCAUGUCUUCAUUGAAACAAGUGUCUGCCUCUACAAGAAAAACACAUGUAAAUAUUUUGAAGUAUUAAUACUGCUGGAUCAUCAUUGAAAAAGGUGGCAUUCACCUAGAGAUUUCUAUCUUGAUUUCUUAAGUAUUGAUACAUUUCUAAAUGUGCUCUACUGUCUGUUUUAAAAUUUGUUUCAUAAAAUACUUAGGUUGAUUUCUAUUUUAUUCUGAAGAACAGUAAGUUUCCUUCCGUUGACCAAUAGAACAUUUUAAAAUUUUACUCCAUAAUCAAAUUUCUUUUCUAGUUUUCAGUGACAUAUUUUUUAAAACCACCUUAUUAUGAGAAACUGCAUUAAAAAUUAAAAUUUAGUGCAAAUAAAUUUCCAUCUGAUAACUCUACAUGAUAAUUAACUGUAAUAAAAAAUUUAUCAAAUUAGAAAAGAACAAGAUGUAUUUUUUCUAUAUUUAUAUAAUCUUUACCACUUAAUUGAACACAUUGUAUAUUGGACAUGACAUAAUAAUACAUCCUUGAUACAUUUUAUUUUGGAAUGAUGCUAACUCUGUCUCUUGCCAAUUCUAAUACCAGGUUCCAAGUAAUAACUCUAUAAUACAAAGAAAACUGAAUAUCUAUUCUAGGGCUAGGCUAUGAACUUCACAACUUAUUUGGGUACCUAUUGUCACUGAGUUUCCCUGAAAAUAAUCUGUUCCUGGUGCCCAGUGAUAAUUCAGUUGGGACCUGAAUGACUAAAAGGAAGGGGAAAGUGUAGGGAAAUGCUAAGAAUCAGCAAGAUGACUAAAAGGAAAGAGUUUGACCCUUGGAAGAAAAAGAGACUUGAUUUCAUCAAGUUUUACUGGCCAAGAAGUCCACUCAUCUUUCUAUUUUGGGAGAGAUGUGAGGGCAUUCUGAGAAGACUAUGCAUCUACUGGGAAGAACCAUAUUUUGGGGUUAGGAAUGGGGAGCAGAAAGGCUAAAUGAAGAGGAAAAUCAUAACAAAUUUGACUGAAGCAGAGAAAAAAGCAAAUUUCCAAAUGUGCUGAUCCUUGAAAAUAAUAGUCUUUCCCAAACUAUUGAAGUUACCAGCAAGUAAUCAGGAAGACCAGGAGAUAUUUUUUGACUACAAAUUAAUUGUAUAAUGGCUCUGUUGAAGUUCUGUGGCUUCCAAACCAGGAAUUAAACAUUAUUUUUAAGAAAAAAAUAAAAAUAUUUCCUAUGCUAGUCUCUCAGCAAAAUGUACAUGUUUUGGAGACUUCCAAGUUAUUAUAUGAGUUCACAUUUAGUAACAGCUUAUUAAUAACCCUCAAGCUGUCAAAAUUGCUAUAGUUACCAUUUACAAUUUUAUACUGUGAAAAAAAAAUACAGAUCAGUGAAAGCAUAAAGAUAAAUCAGAGUUUCCUUUGAAGAGGGUCUGAGGCCUGGGAGAUUCUCUACUGUUUAUUGAAAAAUGAGGCAUGUAUAAAAUAGUUGGCUAAAUUUCACUGAUCUUCUCAAUGUGAACAAAUAUACUAUGUAUAUUGUGUGUAUUUCUAGAAUUCAAUGGCAGCUGCUGGUGGUGUUGUAAUUAGAAAUCUAUAUAGAAUAUAGAUGUUUUAGAAGGAUGGUGCCAAUUCCAAAAGAUUUGUGUGGGCUACAAGUGCUUGUACUUACUUUUUUCUGCACUUACAACUGAUUUGGUUUUAAAAUUGUGUGCGCGUAUCUGUUCCUUUUCUGUUGUUGCAGCUUGUACUAUUAAAAUAAUAGAGAAUGUUAAAUUAUUUUGAUGUGAAUUGCAAAUGAUUUUCAUAAACUAUAACAUUUUUAUCAGUA